AUGCCCAAGAACAGCAAGGUGACGCAGCGGGAGCACAGCAGCGAACAUGUCACCGAGUCGGUGGCCGACCUGCUGGCCCACCAGGAGCCCGUGGACUACAAACGCAGCGUCCUCAACGUGACGGGAGGGGAGGCCUGGGACAAGCAGAAGGAGGGGGAGGAGGACCUGGAUGCGGAGAGGCCGGCCUGGAACAGCAAACUCCAGUAUAUCCUCGCCCAGAUCGGCUACUCCGUGGGGCUGGGCAACGUCUGGCGCUUCCCCUACCUCUGCCAGAAGAACGGAGGAGGUGCCUACUUGGUCCCAUACCUGGUCCUGCUCAUCAUCAUUGGGCUCCCCCUGUUCUUCCUGGAGCUGGCCGUGGGGCAGCGGAUCCGCAGGGGCAGCAUCGGAGUCUGGAAUUACAUCUGUCCCCGCCUGGGGGGCAUUGGCUACGCCAGCUGCCUCGUGUGUUUUUUUGUCGGUCUCUAUUACAACGUCAUCAUCGGAUGGAGCAUCUUCUACUUCUUCAAGUCCUUCCAGUACCCGCUGCCCUGGAGCGAGUGUCCCCUCGUGAAGAACGGCUCGGUGGCCAUUGUGGAGACAGAAUGUGAGAGGAGCUCGGCCACCACCUACUUCUGGUACCGGGAGACCCUGGACAUCUCCAACUCCAUCUCGGAGAGCGGGGGGCUCAACUGGAAGAUGACCCUGUGUCUGUUGGUGGCCUGGAGCCUUGUUGGCUUGGCCAUGAUCAAAGGCAUCCAGUCCUCCGGGAAGGUGAUGUACUUCAGCUCCCUCUUCCCGUACCUGGUGCUGGUUUGCUUCUUGGUGCGGGGACUUCUCCUGCGUGGGGCAGUGGAUGGGAUCAUGCACAUGUUCACACCCAAGCUGGACAAGAUGCUGGACCCCCAGGUGUGGCGGGAGGCGGCCACGCAGGUUUUCUUUGCUCUGGGCCUGGGCUUUGGGGGCGUCAUCGCCUUCUCCAGCUACAACAAGCAGGACAACAACUGCCACUUCGACGCCACACUCGUGUCCUUCAUCAACUUCUUCACGUCCGUGCUGGCCACCCUGGUGGUGUUUGCUGUGCUGGGCUUCAAGGCCAACAUCAUGAACGAGAAAUGUGUGGUGGAGAAUGCUGAGAAGAUCCUGGGCUACCUGAACACCAACGUGCUGAGCCAUGACCUCAUCCCACCCCACGUGAACUUCUCCCACCUCACUGCCAAGGACUACAACGAGAUGUACAGGGUGAUCAUGACGGUGAAAGAGGGGCACUUCAAGGAGCUGGGCUUGGACGCCUGCCUGCUGGAGGAUGAGCUCAACAAGUCGGUGCAAGGGACUGGCCUGGCCUUCAUCGCCUUCACCGAAGCCAUGACCCACUUCCCGGCGUCGCCCUUCUGGUCCGUCAUGUUCUUCCUGAUGCUGAUCAACCUGGGCCUGGGCAGCAUGAUCGGCACCAUGUCGGGCAUCACCACCCCCAUCAUCGACACCUUCAAGGUGCGCAAGGAGGUGUUCACAGUCGGUUGCUGCAUCUUCGCCUUCCUGGUGGGGCUGAUCUUUGUGCAGCGCUCUGGGAACUACUUUGUCACCAUGUUUGACGAUUACUCAGCCACGCUGCCUCUCACUGUCGUGGUGAUCCUGGAGAACAUCGCCGUGGCCUGGAUUUAUGGCACCAAAAAGUUCAUGCAGGAGCUGACGGAAAUGCUGGGAUUCCGGCCCUACCAGUUCUACUACUACACCUGGAAGUACGUGUCCCCCAUCUGCAUGGCCGUGCUCAUGACCGCCAGCAUCAUCCAGCUGGGAGUCAGCCCCCCGGGGUACAGCGCCUGGAUCAGGGAGGAGGCUGCUGAGAAGUUCCUGUUCUACCCAGCCUGGGCCAUGGCCAUCCUCAUCUCCCUGAUCAUCCUGGCAUCCCUCCCUCUGCCCCUGGUCUUCAUCCUCCGGCAGUUCCACCUCGUGUCCGACGGCUCCAACGCCCUCUCCGUCACCUACAAGAAGGGCCGGAUGAUGAAGGACAUCUCCAACCUGGAGGACAACGACGAGACCCGUUUCAUCCUGAGCAAAGUGCCCAGCGAGACCCCGUCCCCCAUGCCCACCCACCGCUCCUACCUGGGGCCGGGCAGCAAUUCCCCCAUGGAGAUGAGCAGCGCUCCCAACGGACGGUACGGGAGCGGGUACCUCCUGGCCAGCACCCCCGAGUCCGAACUGUGAUGGCCCCCUGCCCGCCACCCCCACCGGGAGAGGAGGGCACUGGGGAGUGGAUCCUGGCUGUCCAGGCAACGGGAAAAAUUCAUUAAUAAGGAAGAUGAAGAAGAAACCCCCUCUUAUAAAAUCAUAACCCAAAGCAGCCGUUCGUAAGGUGACACCGGGAAGGAGGGAUUGAGGGAGGGGCAGGACUCCUCCGACAACCCUCGGCUGAAAGGCAGGACCCCCCCGGGACCGCCCCCGGGGAAGGGAGGAGGAGCAAGAGACGCUCCGACACCUUUCCGAGAGUCGUUCUCAAAUCUGAAGCAAGGAAUCUCUUUUCUAAGCAGCUGAUGGUUGGAACAAGGACCCGGAGGCAGGUUGGGAAGCCAACCCCGCUCCCUCCUGUCGCCCAGCGCUCUUCCCUCCUGUCUUUGUCCCUUAUCCGGGAGGAGUCAUGGCCUUAUUCCAACGAGCACAAUUUAACCCUCGAUGUUCAGAGCACAAAAAGGUGCUGUUGUUGUCACCAUCGUUGUUGUUGUUGUAUCUCCUGUAGGUUUUUAUAGCUGUGGACACACCCAAAUGACCCCCAAAAUCCUGACCAGGGUUGGCAGGGAGCAGCACGGGGGUGGCUGGGACUGUGGAUGGUGGAUCCUUGGAAUCUUUGUUGCCACCAGCAUGGGAACAGUGGCUGGGGGUUGUUUGGAGGCAUGGAGAUGUCAUGGCUGUGGGAUGAAGUGGCAAGUUUUGUGCUGAGUGG